AGUCAGCCACCUUCCUGAAUCGGAUUUGACAUGAUGCUUUUGCGUGGCGUUGUUUCGGAUAUCCCGCGAUGUAUUACAUGAUGUGCUUAUGAAACAGUGCAUGGAAACCAAUAGGAAGUCCCGCUAUAGCUGGAAGAUGCCGAGUGGGAUUGCUUGCAUUAGUGUGCUUUUGGGGACGCGGGGUGAAGUUUCUCGCCGCCUUGUUGUCUGUCAUCUGACAGGACAUGCGAAGUCGGUCAGCAAGUGCUUACUAGUAUAUAGCUUGAGAACCAUAAAAUAUGUGCUGUGCCACAAGUCAAGAUGUAUGGCUUACUGCAAGCCAUCACAAGUACUUCAUUCUUAUCUUGGGGAUGCACUUGGUGCUACCUUGAUUGAUCAGGACGAGAAGUAUUGAUCGUCAGGGGUAGCCUGCUAUCUUGUGAAUGUUCGACACAAUGUCAUUGUACUACCUGGUGUAAUGUUGUGGUCUUGCUACUACCACCAACUACGCAGAGCUUUACAGCCUCCCACCGAUACGACCACUCGCUCUUCUGAGAAUUGUUACUUUCGCAGCUACCUUCCACCCAGCUCUACCAUAAACAUACACGAAAUGGCACCUUCAGCAGUAUCCUUCGAAGACUCAAGCAGUCCCUCGACGCCCGAUCGUCCUAAAAUCCUCAUCCCCGAGAAAGUCUCAACAGACGGGCUCGCCCUCCUCUCUCCACACUUCGAUAUUCAUCAACCGAAAGGCCUCUCGGCCGCAGACCUCCUCGCCAUCAUCCCUUCAUACCACGCCCUCAUAAUCCGAUCCGAAACAAAAGUCACAGCACCCGUCCUCGCAGCCGCAAAGAAAUUGAAGAUCGUGGCUAGAGCAGGAGUAGGAGUUGAUAAUGUAGACGUGGAUGCCGCUACACAAUAUGGAAUCAUCGUGGUGAACAGUCCGAGUGGGAAUAUUGUUGCGGCAGCGGAACAUACAAUUGCCCUGCUCAUGUCAGUUGCACGAAAUGUGCCAGCAGGAGACAGGAGUCUUCGAAAUGGCGGAUGGGAAAGAAGCAAGCUAGUCGGCACAGAAGUUGGCGGGAAGACACUCUGCAUAAUCGGACUUGGCAAGGUCGGAUUAAAAAUCGCACGAAUGGGCGUAGGACUAGGCAUGAAAGUAAUCGCCAUGGACCCUUACGCCUCCCCGGAAAUCGCAGCUUCAGCAUCCGUCACUCUCGUCGGCACCCUCUCCGAACUGCUUCCCAAAGCAGAUUUCCUCACAAUCCACACCCCGUUGAUCGCUUCCACGCUAGACAUGAUCAGCACGAAAGAAUUCCAAUCUAUGAAGAAAACUGCCAAAGUCCUUAACGUAGCAAGAGGCGGCGUCUACAACGAACAAGCCCUCCUCGAAGCCCUGGACGCGGGCACCAUCGCCGGCGCCGGUCUCGACGUCUUUACCAGCGAACCACCCGUCCCGGACUCAGCGGCCUCUCUUCUCUGCCGCCACGCUAAAGUCGUCGCGACGCCCCAUCUGGGCGCAAGUACAGUCGAAGCGCAAGAAAACGUCUCGAUAGACGUCUGCUCGCAAGUCCUGACCAUCCUGCACGGCGGCCUGCCGACCGCGGCCGUCAACGCACCGCUCAUCUUGCCGGAGGAGUACAGGAAGUUGCAACCAUUCGUGAAAUUGGUCGAGAAGAUGGGGUCGCUGUACACGCAGCACUACAGUCAUCCUUCCACGGCGGGCGGAUCGGUAGGCGGGAAGACGUUCGAUUUAAUCUACGAGGGCGAACUGGCUGGGAUUUCUAACACGAGGCCCUUGUUCGCUGCUCUGGUUAAGGGCCUCACGGAGAGUAUCUCGGAUAGCGGCGGUCGCGACGUGAAUAUCGUGAACGCGAACCUGAUCGCGAAGCAGAAAGGGAUCCGCAUCAACGAGACGCACAACUCUGCCUCCCAAGACCUGGUGUAUGCGAGUUUAGUGACGUUGAAAGCGGAGGAGAAGACUAUCUCGGGGUAUGUGAGCGGCAAGAGUAUUUAUAUUAGCAGGCUAGAUCGGUUUAGUGCUAAUUUCGUGCCGGAGGGGACGUUGAUCGUGUUGCAUAAUUAUGAUGAGCCGGGGAAGAUUGGGGGUGUGGGGGGUAUUUUGGGGAGGCAUGGGAUUAAUGUUAAGUUUAUGACGGUAGCGGCGUUGGAGAGUGAGAGUGGGAGUGGGAGUGGGACGCCGGGUGAGCGGGUGGGGGAGGGGGAGGAGAAGGGGCAGCAUGAAGCGUUGAUGAUUCUGGGCGUUAAGGGGGUGGUGGGGAAGGAGGUCGAGAGGGAGUUGCAGAUGGAAGAGGGGAUUUUGGAGGUUUCGGUAGUGAGACUUUGA